AUGGCUAGUCAAAAUAAGAUCAUCAGAGUCGACACCACGGAGUCAACUACCUCGACCCCUGUUCCAGACAUGGUUGGACAUCCACUAGCCGAUGCCUGUCCACAGUGGGAGUGGUUAAAGGCAGGGGUUAAAUCGCAAGUUGGCCAUGAUAACAAACCAAUGCAGUGCCAUGCCUUCAAGCCAAGACCUGAUCGUUGCAGGAAACAGUGCCAGCAGUGUCAACUUCUCCUACAGGCGUAUCUUAAUACGGACUUCGCAGAACAUUGGCAAACUUUCCCACUUUCAUGGGGCUCUACUAGGGAAGUUUCGGUCUUGAGAUUCAAGCCCCCAUCUAGGGGCCCUUCUAUAAUCCUGUCCGCAAUCGCGAACACUCCGAACCCGUGGGGUCUUCAAGGCCUGUUGCCAUCGGCAGAGUCAACGGGGUCUUCCGCUUCUGUGCGUCUUGCUUGCCGGUGGUUAGAUGACUGUAUCAACAAUCACCCGUCCUGUGGAUCACCACACGAUCCGGUCCUACCCACCCGAGUUCUGGAUUUGGGCCUGGAUUCAUCUACAAGAGUAUCAGUGUGGGAACCAAGAGGUCGGACUGGCCGCUAUGUGUGCCUCAGCUACUGUUGGGGAAAGUCCGAGUUUACUAUGACAACACAGGACAACCUUGAAAAUCACAUAGAACGAGGAAUCGAUCUCAAGGACCUCCCACAAACGUUUCAGGACGCCAUUCAGGUCGUCCGGGGACUGAAGCUGCGAUAUCUGUGGAUUGACGCCCUCUGUAUCAUCCAGAAUGAGGACCAUCACGAAGACUGGAAGCGCGAAUGUGGAAACAUGGCCAGCAUUUACCGCAACUCUCACCUAACUAUAGCUGCGGCUUGGGCAGACUCGGCCAACGGCGGAUGUUUUACUACAACAGAUCCCGGCGUUGUCUUUGGACCGGUCAUGAUGCGCAAGGUUUUCCAUUUUCCCCCUGUACGAAAUUCAUCCGACUUCCCUAUACUCGCAAGGGCAUGGACUUUUCAGGAGCGAUUGUUGGCGCCCAGGGUAAUCUACUUCAGUCGACAGGAGAUACUGUGGGAAUGCACCGAACUACGCACAUGCGAGUGUGGAGGAGUAACAAAUCCAGUGCCAGGAAUCGAGAAGCUCGACCUUAAUAGCCAAGGCUACACCGGGGGCGUUGGUGAAAUUUGGCGUCGGCUAGUGAUUCAGUACUCAGGAUUGCAACUAACAUGUCCUGAUGACAAGUUACCAGCUCUAUCUGGAUUGGCGCAAGCAAUGACGCUUAGAAGUCAAGAGAACUACUUGGCAGGACUUUGGAAAGAGACCCUGCUGGGUGACAUGUGUUGGAAUGCGAGAUAUCCGAGAGCAAAGAGACAGCCUCAAACGAGAUGGCGAGCGCCGAGUUGGUCAUGGGCUUCAGUCGACGGGCCUAUAGAUUAUUAUGUGGACCUAAAUAGCGAAGCCUUCACACGGUCUAUUAAGGACCACGCGCUGGUUCGUGAGGCCAAGUGCACUCCAGCAGGCCCCUCUCUAACAGGUGAAGUGGAAGAUGGCUUUGUUACACUGGAUGGGUUUUUAAUUCCUGCAAGUUUCGGGGACUCGGGCAUCAGUGCUAACUGUUCAGACCUGAGAUCUUUACAACUGACGUGGAUUCCUGACUGGGUGUAUGACAUGGAAGAGAUACCCGUCAUUUAUCUUAUUCCAGUUAUGACAAUAUGGAAUGGAUUCUUUUCGCAUCUCUACGGGCUUGUCGUCAAGCCCCACGGUCAGGGUACAGAGAUGACACGCGUAGGACUGGCGUCUCACGUGGAACCAGAUGAUCCCGGUGGUUUUGGCUUCUUGGAUUGUGAAAAGCAGGUAGUUAAGAUUGUUUAA